GUUCCAUGACUGAUAGUGUGUGUCUGCACGUGUGUUAGAACAUCAGGAGCACAAGAGCACCGGUGUGUAUCCUGAAGAUGCUUUGUCCUCUGGAAUUCUCUCUGUAGGACACAUAGAGAGUUAUCUGAGCAUCGGAAGAGCCUCUUACAAAGAGCCUACACACACAUAUAAACACACACACAACCCGGGAUCUUUCUUCAUAAACUGGAACUUCUGCUAGGACGCCCUGAAUGUAAACCAAACUCUGAAGGAAGCACCUGGAGUUCUUGGAAAAUUUACCGCGGUGUGAUCCAGGUGUGCAACCAAACCGCCAAGGCCUCUAAGCGGGAAUUCUGUGAGACGGACAGAAUACUAAGGAGCAGAGAGCGGCGGAGAAACACUGGAAAGGACUGAGAGAUGGAGAUCCUGAAAGCAAGAAGGUUCCUGCCAGAAAGGAUCUCUGACAGCCUUCUCCUGAUGGUCAUGUUCAGUGUGUAUGGGAUGUUGGAGGCAUUGGAGAUGAACACCGGGAAGGUCCCCUUUCUGGAGGCGGUGAACGGUAGCGACGUCCUGCUGCCCUGCACCUACGCCAGCUGUAUCGGAAUCGAGAAACUAUACUUCAAAUGGGAGUUCAAUGACAAUGGCACCAUGGUGAAGGUGAUGGACUCAGUGAUCCCAACGGAUAACGCAGAGCCAGUGAACAAGCGCAUUUACCGGGACCGUGUGGAAUUUAUGGGUUCCAGUAAGACAAACAAUGUGUCCAUCAUGAUCUGGAACGUGACCUUCGAGGACGCUGGCCAGUACACAUGCUUUGGCAAGAACCCCAAAGAGAUGGGCAAGAACCACAGUGCCAUCUUCACACUCUACGUGGUGGAUGAGUUACGGGUUGUGGAUAACACUCUGACCAUCAUCAUCGUGUCGUGUGUGGGAGGCUGCAUAGCUCUGCUGGUGAUCUUCAUGCUGCUGAAGAACUUCACGCUCUUCGUCCUUGCCAAGCUUGAGGAGAAAAAUAAGGAGUGCCUGGUCUCCUCCUCAGGGAUCGAUAAUACGGAAAACGGACUGUCCGGCUCCAAAGUGACACCCAAACCUACACCAAAGAAAGCCUGAGAGUGACACACACACACACACACACACUCACACACACACUUUAGCCAACAUGCUGACCCCUUCCUGUAUGUCUGGUCACAUCUCUCUUUUCAAAAAAAAAAAAAAAACACAAAAAACACACAGUGUGAUGCAUUUAUACAUUUAGCAUUUUAUUAUUUGUAUAUUUUGUUUAUAUCUAAGUGCAGAUAGGAGUGAAUGAUGAGUACAGGCCGUAUCGACUUCUGAAUAUAUUGCACACUUGCAUCUCAUUACAUUUUAAAAAAAAAGACAGAAAAAAAAGAUAUAUAUUUCAAUGCAAUGUACAGCGUUAACUCAGCUGGACUCCAGCAGUUGGGACUGCAUGAAGCAAUUUUGAGUCUGGCUCUCUAAAAAAAUGUAUUUAUUCCAUCAUUGGUAUUUAUAGUUAUUUAUUUUUUUGCUUAAGAUUAAACCAGGUGCCUGUAGACGCUUCUGUUGCCACCUGAGGGUGGGGAGAACUACACUAAUGCAACACACACACACACACACACACACACAAUAUGUAAUGCAAAUAAAACAGAAUGCAACAAUGAAAACAGAAAACUUAGAAACAUGUAGAUGCUGCUAGCUGAUGAAUGAAUACUUGAAAAUCCCUAGAGUAUAGUUUUGCCCUAGAAGAAAACAGAAGUGCAAAUGAAACACUGGAAAUGCUGCUUCUCACUAUUAAGCGAUGCUUUUUUUAGCAUGGUGACAGCCAACACUUGUUUACUAGAAGAGUAGAGGAAUAUGAUAUAUAUAUAACAAUGUUUACUAGAACAGUAGAGGAAUAUACUUAGUAUUUUUUUAUUCAAUCAAUAACAUAUUAACUUAUUAAACUCAGAUAGGCCGUAUCGUAAUAUGAAUGUAUGCUUCUAAACACACGCAUAUCAAAAUGAUCACCACUCAGCAAAAUACGAUUGCAAUAUUCUGACACUAAGCACACUUUAAUCAGCAUGAGAUCAGCGUAGGCUUAUUAAUCAGCAAAUACCUUGCUGUAACUUGUAGAAGUUUUGCCCCGUGUAAUGAAUACACACUUAAAAAUAUUCUAUACAUCAGUUCAACCUGAAUGCGGCAUUUUCUUUGUUCAGUUUGGGGUCAGUUUGUUAGUUAACCAGGUAAAGUCCAGAUGUUCUACUACUGAAAUAGGUACUGAAUAAAUGUAGUAUGUAAAACUGGGAAUAUUUUUAAGUGAUUUAAACUAAAAUAGGAUGCAAUGCAGGGUUAGUACAGGGUUAUUUCAAACCAGAUGUCUUGUUUUGUCUUUUUCCCACCACAAAUUCAUAAAAACCACCACGAAUUGAACAGAAAGCGACUGAUAUUAAUGGAACGAUUUGGUAAAUGUCGGUGCAUUGAUUUUCCCACAUUACGUUUUCAACACCAGAGAAAAUUUGGGCAGCAUAAACAACUGGUUUAUAAUGAUUUUACAUGUUGGUUGGAUGGGCCAUUUUUCUGUGUUCACAUUAAAUAAUCAAAAAGCUUCUGACUAGGAAAAAAAUCACAUCACAUCAACGUCAGAGAUGGAAUUCUGGGAGUUUUCUGACAGCCCUAAUUUCUCUGUUCAAACCUGAAAGUGAGGCAGUUGAUGACACAAACAUGUCCAUAGACAGUCUUUAAAAUAUGAUUUUUUUUUAAACUUCAUAUUUCAGUUUAUAAGGAAUUACAACAAAAAAUUCAGUAUCCACUUCAGUUCUGCUAACGUUUAGGAGAACAUGUAGUAAUGUUUACCAUUAACACAUCUAGAGGCUAAUGCUAGCUAAUUAAUAGUUGGAUAGAAACUACAGUUGCCAUUUUUAUCUAGUAAAUGACAAAUGGGAAGUUUUACGCCCUCCUGAGUUUUGAUGUAAAUGAGGCAUAUUUCCCACUUUUGAACUAAUUUGUGUUAAAUGCACUGCUAACAUUAGCUAGUUAGCUAGCAUGGUUUUGAUUUUGGUAUAUUUCCUAGAAAUUACUUCUAUUGUUAAACCCUACAAAUGUAACCAAAUGUAAGGGAAAAUACACUCCAGGGCCUGCAAUACUGGUGAUUACUAGUAGAAAAUGUUAUUAUAAAGUACAGUAACAAGUUUGAAAUUUGGGUUUCUGAUACUCACAAUUGUAAUGAUGAUAUUUUAGCAUGGUUCGUGUUCAUUUAUCAUAAACAUUCACCCAAACUGAACAGAUUAACUGCAGUUUAACUGGAAGUGGACGCAUUCUCAACUCCGCUUGUCCUUACUUGACUCGCUGCUCAGGAAGGCUGAUACAUUUCGAUUAGUGCAAUAAAAGCCUUCUUGAUUCUGAUAAUUGCCAUUAAAUGUUGUUAAUACUAGGAUCUUAAAAUCAAUUGAAAAAAAAAAAAUCAACAUUCUGUGGCUAAUGGAAAACUAAAGUUAUUUUAAAGGAAGCGUUAAAUGCUGGUAAGUAACUGAGGUUAAAGAAAUGAUGAAAUGUAAAGUGCAAAAUUGGCACAUUCAGGGAGCUUUUAAUAUCUGUACUGAGAUCUAAAUGUAUCAGAUCACAGAAUGUUAUAUACAAUAAAUCAGAUUUUUCCUUGCGUUUUACAGUAACUAUUAGGAUUAUGGUUAAUUGUGGCAGGUUUACAGUUAGAACCAAGAUUGGUAUUGAAGAUAUAUUGGUAUGGUAUUUUGAAUUUGUUUUAUUACAGCAAAAUUAUGCAGUAUAUCUAUAAUAGUUCCUCAUAAGAUUACUUUCCAUUUCCAACACUAAACGCAUUAUAACCUCACUCACAUUGCCUUACAUGAUUAUGUAGAAUUUGAGUGUUAAUUUCCAUAGAGUGAUUUCUAGAUUUGUUUGUGGUGAAUAGUGAAUAUAAAAAUAAAGCUAAGUGAAAACAAUAAUCAGAAAGAUGAGAUGAUGUUACUGUGAUAAUUCAGCAAUAAACAAUAAACCGUACUGUAGCUAUGAACCAAAUGAUAGAAAGUUGGACUCCGUGAUGGAAUCUUUAAUAAAUAUUGAAAUAAAACAUCUGCCAAGUGUGAGUGUGAGAUUUUAGACGGAUAGUUGAAAUCAUUAGAUGAAUGGAAAAGAGCUACAAACAUGGAUAAAACCUCGAAACUAAUUUACGCUAUGUAUUAUUGCAAACUGAAAAUGCAACUGAUCUGUCAUUAUUUUACCAUCUUCACUGAAUGUCUUGUUGGAUGAAAAUAAUAGCCUUACAAGACUUUAUGAUUGAUAAUUUGUUAUUUAAAAUGUCUGAUUUGCUGGAUGAUGUGUCAGUAAUUGAUGCAUUAAAUUAUCGAUGCUAUAA